AUGGCUAGAUCUUGCGAUAUGUGGAACCUUCAUGAAUUGAUCAAGGAAACUCUGUUCAAAAGUACUUUCGGUACACUUUCGGUUUCGGUAAAUACCGAAAGUGCCACCUUGGAUUUCUAUAUUCCCAUUAUUACUACGCAUAAGGCCUUUAAUAUUAAUGAUAUUCGAAUUAUUGCUGCUGAAUCAGAAUUUUGCCAUAAUACUAAAACAGUCGUAGUAAAGCCGCUCAU